UUUCUUUCUUUCUCUCGGCUUUUCUAUUCUUUUGCCCUCCCUUUUCAAAAAGCAGAACAACUAACCAAAAAAAGAAAAAAACACUUCCCUGCAUAUUCUCUUUUCUUACAUUAUUUAUCUUUUCAUCGUCAACUAUUUAUAUUAAUUUCUCUACAUAAUCCAUACACUUCCUCUUCAUUUAGUCCUAGCUGAUCCAACAAUCUAGUUCCGCUAUUUUAAUUUUCCUUUUUAUUUUUUCCUCAAUUUUCAUGAUCUAGUUUAGUUUCGGAACAAUGACGAGGGUCAGUCGGGAUUUUGGUAAUACCAUGCAAAAGGAAGCAGUUCCAGCUCUGUCAGCUGAUGUAAUAUUUGCUUCGAGUCGUUUUCCCAAUUACAAAAUUGGGGCAAAUAAUCAGAUUGUGGAUAUCAAAGACGGUCCUAAAUUUUUGUCCAUGAAGGAGGUUGUUGCACGUGAGACCGCAAUGUUAUUGGAGCAGCAGAAACGCCUCUCUGUUCGUGACCUUGCUAGUAAAUUCGAGAAGGGGUUAGCGGCUGCUGCUAAGUUGUCUGAAGAGGCUAGACUCAGAGAGGCAGCUUCGCUGGAGAAACAUGUACUUUUGAAGAAGCUUAGGGAUGCCCUGGAAUCUUUAAAAGGGCGUGUGGCUGGAAGAAACAAGGAUGAUGUACAGGAAGCUAUUUCCAUGGUGGAAGCUCUGGCAGUUCAACUUACUCAAAGAGAAGGAGAGUUGAUUCAAGAAAAGGCAGAAGUGAAGAAACUAGCAAAUUUCCUUAAGCAGGCUUCUGAAGAUGCUAAGAAACUUGUUGAUGAAGAAAGAGCUUUUGCUCGUUCUGAAAUUGAGAAUGCAAGAACAGCAGUUCAGAGGGUGGAAGAGGCCCUUCAGGAACAAGAACAAAUGUCUCGAGCUUCAGGCAAACAGGACCCGGAAGAAUUAAUGAAGGAGGUUCAAGAGGCUAGACGGAUCAAAAUGCUGCACCAACCAAGCAAGGUUAUGGAUAUGCAACAUGAGCUUCGAGCAUUAAGGAUUCAACUUGCAGAGAAGUCUAAGCAUUCCCUACUGCUUCAAAAAGAGCUAGCAAAAAGCAAGAGAGUUGAGGGAAAUUUAUCUCAUUUAUAUGAAUUGGAUGGUGCUGAAACUUUAGGUUCUUAUUUGCGGAUUAAACCUUGCUCUGAUAUUGCUCCAGAACUUUCAAAAUGUCCAAUUCAAUGGUAUCGUAUUAUGUCUGAAGGUAGCAAAAAGGAGCUUAUAUCGGGUGCUAGCAAAUCAGUUUAUGCUCCAGAGCCUUUUGAUGUUGGUCGAAUCCUGCAGGCUGAGAUUGUUUAUGAUGGCCAGCUGAUCAUAUUGACAACUAAUGGUGCUAUUGAUCCAGCUGCUGGUUUGGGAAACUAUGUGGAGGCACUUGUGCGGAAACAUGAUGUUGAAUUCAAUGUAGUUGUCACCCAGAUGAAUGGUGCAGAUCAUCCAUCAGAAUCUAUUCAUGUACUACACGUGGGGAAGAUGAGGAUGAAGCUUUGUAAAGGAAAGAGGAUAAUUGCCAAAGAAUAUUAUUCCACCUCAAUGCAGCUUUGUGGAGUUAGAGGGGGUGGAAAUGCAGCCGCCCAGGCAUUGUUUUGGCAAGCAAAGAAAGGUCUUUCAGUUGUAUUAGCAUUUGAAUCAGAGAGAGAUAGAAAUGGAGCCAUUAUGCUUGCCAGGAGAUUUGCAUUUGACUGCAAUCUAAAUGAUUUUUAUUUUUGGCUAAUGCCAGAUCAUGCUCGCCGGCCCAGAUGACAGAGCUUCUUUAGGAACCUAACAGAUCUCCUUAGGAUUAUGUUUUGCUAAUUGCAAUUAUUUUGAGUUUUUGUUAUGUAUCAUAAGUUUGUAAUGCUAGGACAUGACAUACAUUGUUUGAUUCUGUUUUGGGUUCCACCAUUCUUUUUUCCCCCUUCCAUUCUCCUGUCCCAACACCAAGGUAUUGGUUUUUGUUUGCCUUUAAUUUUUAAGACUUACAUUUGGAGGAUAUCUGGAGUUCUCUAUAUUUGUUGAACGGGCUAUGCACUAUGACAGAUUCGUGAAUGAUUUGCCAUUCAUGUCACUCUCAUGGAUUGAAUGCUGAGAGGCACCGUUUGUAGACAUGCCUUUGAUAAUGGACUAUGCACUUUGAAAAAAGCA